CUCUCUCUCUCUUUAGGGGGCUGACAGGAGCCAGUUUCUUCAGUGUGUUUGAGGGAGCAGAGGAGAAACUUGAGCUGUGUUCUGAACUGUCUGAGAGUAUAGUGAAAUGGAGAGCUAUCUGGCAUAUAUUUUUGUAUCUUCAUUUGUGUCACUCAUUACAGCCGACAGAGUAAAUGUGAGGCUGGUGAAUGGUGACAGUCGCUGUGCUGGUCGAGUGGAGGUUCUUCAUGAUGGUCAGUGGGGAACAGUGUGUCAUUAUUCCUGGGAUCUGACUGAUGCUGCAGUGGUGUGUAGAGAGAUGAGCUGUGGAGAGGCUUUAGAAGCACAAAGAUAUUCUUACUUUGGACGAGGAUCAGGAAAAAUCUGGAUGGAUAGAGUACAGUGUAAUGGAUCGGAGUCUACACUGAAGGACUGUAGAUCAAGAGGAUGGGGUGAACAUUAUAGCAGCUGUAACGGCCAUAAGUAUGAUGCUGGAGUCAGAUGCUCAGAAACCAUAAACUAUGGACGAUUUACAAGACUUGCUGAUGGACCUCACCUGUGCUCCGGGAGGUUAGAGGUGCUUUAUGGGAACACAUGGUACGCAGUGUGUGACACUGUCUUUGACCAGGAGGAUGCAGAGGUUGUGUGUAGAGAGCUGGACUGUGGGGCUCCUGUACAGGUGCUGGGAGCAGCUGCUUUUGACAAAGGAGACACUCAGAUGUGGACACAAGAGAUUCAGUGCAGAGGAAAUGAAUCACUCAUACGAUUGUGUCCAACUUCAAAUUACAUAGAGUGCUCUCAAGACAACAACGUGGGACUGAUAUGUUCUGGUCACAAUGAUCUCAGACUGGUCAAUGGUCCUGACAUCUGUUCUGGUCGAGUUGAACGUCAGUUCCUCAAUGAAUGGGGCACAGUGUGUGAUGCAUGCUGGGAUAUGAGAGCUGCCAGUGUCCUCUGUAGACAGCUGAAUUGUGGGAUUGCUGUGUCUGUUGUGGGAUCAGAAUGGUUUGGAGAGGGAAGUGAUGAAAUCUGGGCUGAUGUGUUUGAUUGUGACGGGAAUGAAACAAAACUCUCAGAAUGUUCCAUCUCUUCAUGGAGUCGAGCUGAACGUUCUCAUAAACGAGAUGUUGGAGUCAUCUGCUCUAGUGAGUCUAUAUUACUGUAGCAUUUGCUUACAUUAUGCUACUGGAAGACUUAAUAUUAUACGAAAUGCUGUAUAUAUUCCCUAUAAAUUUCAGAUUGAAGAUUAAUGCUUGUGUCAUUUAAGUUAUGAAUUUACUUAUAUAAAUGUAAUAUUGAUAUGAAACAAAUUUAUUAUAUAAGUGUUCCUCUGUGGUCUUUAACACAUUUGCAGUAUUUUAGUAAAAUGUCAGAUCUUUCACCCAGAUUCCUCUCUGGCUCUUCAUGACGGUCUGGUGCGGUUGUCUGGAGAGAGACAGUGUGAGGGGGAGGUGGAAGUUUUCAUCCAUCAGGUCUGGAGGAGAGUUCUGCUGGACUCUUGGAGUCUCUCUGAAUCCUCUGUGGUCUGCAGACAGCUGGGCUGUGGCUCUGUGCUGAACUUUUCCGGCUCCUCUUCAUCCAGUCCUGAACACAGUCAUGAGUGUGUGACGGGCUUCCAGUGCUCUGGGAGUGAAGCUCAUCUUUGGAACUGCAGAUCUCCACGAACUCUCAACUGCAGCUCCACACAACAGCUGUCAAUCACCUGCAUCGGUGAGAAGAACAACAUCUGGACUGAUUCUUCAGUUGUCCGUGAUCAAUAAUGUGUUUUUCUGUCUCU